AUUGGUUAUUAUAUGGCAAGUAGAGAAGUUUCCCCUUUAGAGGGAACUAAGUCGAUAGGUUUCGAGAAUGUGGAGUUUCAAGGAGAAUUGUCGUUACCUUCACCCCCUAGAAGAAAGCCUCAAAACGUCGGUGAGGACUCAAAUAAUUCUCCCUAUACAAUAGACGUUCCCAAAAAGUUAGACAGUUCCCCUGCUGGAAACCUUCUAGGCUUCCAUUCCCCAUCCGUUGUCCCAGAAAACAAGUAUUUCAACAAGGCUUCACUCGUGCAGGAAGGAAACUCUAGGCAGCGUGCUGAAAAUGAUCGUCAAAGAUGUCUGGAAGAACUUGAAAGAGUAGAUGAAGCCUUGAAGCAAAAGAAGGAAAUAUUGGAAGCAAAGCAAAAGUCUUUAGAAAACAAACGACGUUGGUUGCGUCUUGAAAGCAAGAAGCCAAAAAGUCCUCCAAGUGGCAACUGCUUUAAAAGGGUUGACUCUCAAGAAACUUUAUUGGACUCCGUCACAAGAAGGAUUCUUUCAGAGAAUCGUUUGCGAGCUGCUUCUUCGCACGCAGCUUUACAGCCAUUCUUUUGUCAAAUUAUUGAUGAAGAUGAAGGUCUUUGUGAAAGAGGUGUAUUUGCUUCAUAUCCUGCAGUUUCAUUGUAUAGUGCUCCAGAGGAAAUUUUGGAUGUUGCAAAAGUAGCGGAGUGCUUUCCCCUUGUCAAUGCCAAGUUAUCAGCUUUUGUUCGACAUAAGUAUGAGGAAAGAAUUGAAUCGAGGAAAAAACUAUUGGAGCAGUUUAUGGAGUUACGUGAGAAGUGGAUUAAGCAACUGCGAGCCAUAGAAGAACAGUCAUCAAAGGAGGAGACUGAAGCUCUUCUUCAAAGAGAUUGUUAUAUUUUGAUCGCUACACAAGGCUCGGAUGUAUUGCUAGCUAGAACAGGAAGUGGUCGAACCACUUAUCGCAGCUCUUCCAACGACACACGGAAUGUUUCUCUUGAAGACGUUGGUAUAUUUUUGAAUGCUAUUGAAGCUGAUGGAGGGACAGCUGGUGGUCGUUCUAGGUGGGGUAAAUGUCUGGCUCGCAUUCCUUGUCAGGAUACUUCUGAGACACCCUUUGAAGGAGGCUCGGUUCUGCUGGAUGAUCCUUUAUUAUAUCAUCAUGCCAGCUGUGCAAUCAAUCCCUGGACGAACAAUGAACUUAGCAUUUUUGUUAAACGCUAUGCACAAUAUGGAAAAAACUUUAGAAAAAUUGCAAGUUUUCUCAAAUACAAAACGACAGAGGAUGUUGUACGGUUCUAUUUUCAAAACAAAAUCAGACUCCAACUGAAGAAAUAUUUCCGUGGUUGUGAUACAAUGUCGAAGCGUCGAAUUAGCCGGAAGAAUUCCUUUACUCAGAACAACAAGCUAGUAUCAGAGGUAUCUUGGAGUAUCCCUCCUAGAACGGGUAGCUCGUCGGAAAUCAACUUGGUUGAUUUUAAUGAGUCACCAACUUACAAAUCGGUUCAUUUAGAUUCUGGUCGAGAAAGCAGUCGUUCUGCUUCACCUGUAUCCUCGUGGACCUUUGAAGAAGUUGAAAAGCUUGUACAAGGACUGAAGAGACAUGGUACAAACUUCAAGCUAGUUGCAAAGGAAAUAGGAACCAAAACAGCGAUGCAAUGUAGAGCGUACUGGAAACAUAAUAGGAAUAUUUUGAAUGUGGAUUUGUCCAGUCAAAAUACUACGGGAGAAGUACAGGAACCGAAGGUUGAACGGAAGAGGAGGAGACGGAAAGUACUGGAAUGGAGUGAGGAAGAAAAGAAUGCAUUUGAGAGAUAUUUUCGAAUAUAUGGUUAUAAUUGGGAUAGAAUAGCUGAACUGAUUCCAACCAAAACUUCUCUUCAGAUUCGAACCUAUUAUGAAGAAUUGAUGGCAGCAUCUAGAUUGGAUUUGGAAGCAGAUCGGGUCUCUUUAUCGGUAGAUGGACGUUCCUCUACAAAUGAUUUAUCGAAGGACGAAACAAGCAUGAAAAAUACGCUCGUGGAAGAUACACAAGAUAAAAUAGAUAUUUGUGAUGAAAAGGACUCAAGUCUAAGCGAACCGUCAAACAAGUCGAAAGUUUGCUUGGAAAGAUAUUGAAGUCGAUAUUUCAGAGGAUAACAGGAGAAUCGAAUAGUUUUGUUAGUCUUUCACUUUUUCAAAGCAUCUCUGCCACUAACGAAACAACGAAUGAGGUUGUGGAAACUUAUCAACGAAUGUAAUAUUCUCUGGUGAAGGAGUUUUUGAGUUUUUGCAUCAUUCUCAAGUUUUUUUAUUUGGGGCCGUUGUCAUCUUAUGAUAACAUACUUGUUUGGAUUCAAAUGAAUUAUUCAAACUUGUGAGAGAAGAAUGCAAAGUUUAACUUUAGUAUACUGUGGAACGCCAUCCAGUAGUUUUGCAUACACGGAUUUUUUAAAUAUGCUCUACUAACCUUUUGUAGCAAGUUUGGCUAUUCCUCUUCGUAAUGUCAAGGGAACUCUGAAUGAGUCUAUGAACUGCAUUUUUGGGAGAUUUGAGGUGACAGAUCUGAAUUUUUUUAUGGAUUACACAACUUGCAGUGGAAGAAAUAGGAGAAAUUCUAGAGACUGAAAUGUUCAUUUCCAUCAUUAGACUGAUCAAAAUCAACCAGGCAGAAAUUUCUGGCAGUUAAUUCAAACUUGUUCACACCAUCCGAACCGCCAACUUUUUGGUUGAAGCAAACAAAGUUGUUGUCAUUGCAAAGACCUUUUCCUAGUGCAAUAAAAUACUUCAUUAUCUACUCUUAAGAUCUUGCAGUCU